AUGUCUUCUACCCCGCCAAAGAAGUACUACAAGGUAGCCGUUUUACUCUUCGAAGGAGUGGACAUCCUUGAUUUUACGGCCCCUACCGAAGUCUUCACUCAUACAUCCCACAACCGAAACCCGGAUAACCCGGACAGGGUUUUCCAGAUCAAUACCAUUGCUCGAUCACGAACAGUGAACGCCAAGAACGCCCUCACGGUCCAGACGGACCUGCUGCUUGAGGACGCAAUGCAGGGCCUUGCGGAUUUCGACAUCAUGGUUGUCCCUGGUGGGCCACCAUCCGUUAUCAAUUCGUUGGUCGCGUCCAAUCCCCCAGAGGUAGACCUUAUUCGCAGCUUUGCCACACUACCUCCAAAGACUCCAGAUGAACCGCGUGUGCUUUUCUCAGUUUGCACCGGAGCGUUUCUGAUUGGAGCGGCCGGACUUUUAACUGGAGUUCCAGUCACAACUCACCAUCGUGCCAUUGAGAGACUUCGGGAGUUCUGCAUUCGGGUAAAUGGAGAAGGGGCUCCCCCUCCUGAGGUGUCGCACAAGCGCUACAUUGACGCAGGAGUUCUAAAAGUCGGGUCCGCCAGGCUGCUGACGGCCGCAGGAGUGAGUAGCUGCUUGGAUGCAUCUUUGUAUCUAGUUAGUCAGUUGACCUCCCUUGAUAUGGCGGCAUUCAUCUCGCGCGUGAUGGAAUAUGACUGGAAAGCGCAGCCUUCUGAGUAG